GAUUAUGGUCCAGCGGUCUGAUAGAAGCACCGCUACCAUCAGGAUGAUGUUCCUCGCUGUUGUUCUCUCACUGCUGGCCCUCAGCACGGCCCAGGAUGAGGAGAUGGAGAAGCGAAUUGUCAACGGCGGUAUGGCUGCCUUGUACGCCUACCCCCACCAGGGCUCGCUCCAGCUGUACAACGCCCCCUACGGCUGGUACCACAUCUGCGGCUGUGUCAUUGUCGCCCCCAACAAGAUCUUGACCGCUGCCCACUGUGUCGACGGUCAGCAAGCCCGUAACCUGAGGGUCAAGGUCGGGUCCUACAACAUCAGCGACACCACACCCUACGAGCAGACGCUAGAGGUCGCCUCGUUCGUCAUCCACUCCGGGUACAACCCCAACGGCAACGGCAUCCCCAACGACAUCGCUGUCAUCUACAUCUACGGCACCAUGACGUACAACCUGAACGUUCAGCCCGCCACCCUGGCCCCCAAGGGCUCCUCCUUCGCCAACACCAUGUGCGUCAUCACCGGCUGGGGCCGUGUGGUGGGCGGUGGCCGAGUGGCCGAGGUCUUGAAGGAGGCCAACAUGACCAAGAUCAGCCGCUCCGAGUGCCUGUCUAAGUGGAUCCUGUCUGGCCAGAUCAUCACAGACAAACACAUCUGUGUCUACGAGGCCUCAAAGCCAUCCGGAAGUCGGCCCAGUGCCUGUAACGGUGACAGUGGCGGCCCCAUGUUGUGUGGCCCCCAGCUAGAGUACCUGGCAGGUAUCACCUCCUGGGGAGUCAGUACCUGCAGUGGUGACAUGCCUAGCGUGUACACCCGCGUGUCUGAGUACGUGGACUGGUACCAGUCACAGCCCUAGUGACGCAGCAGAUGAGUCACAACCCCUGUGACGCAACUUGCGUCAGGACUGCGUCGAUAUCGGAUUGUACCAGAAUAAAAAUAAACUCUGUUGCUUCAAUAAAGUUUGUUGAAA